AUGCCAUCCCGAAAAAAAACGCUCAUGUUCACGGCCGCCUUUUUCACCAGCGCUUUCUCCUUCGUGCUGGUUUGCGUCGUUCUUGCAACCCGGCACUGGAUCACUAGCGACGUUUACUUCUCGCGGACGAAUUCCUCCGUGACCGUCUCCCUCACGUACGGGCUUUUCCAAGGCAGCUGCGAGCAGACGGUGGCGGGAGGCCUGCAGGUUUUGGAAAGCUCCUUCCAAGUCGCAGAUCACCUGAAAACCGCUGAGACAAAAAGCACCAACAUUGCGGUUAUCGUGCUCCUGGUUCUCGCUUUGCUGAGCUCCCUUCUGAGCUCUGGGUUUACGGGCACGAACGCUGUGAGCAAUCCCUACCAGACCUUCCUGGGGCCCAUCGGCAUCUACACCUGGAACUCCUUGAACGGAAUCCUCACACUUCUGGUCCUGAUACUUUUUGCAGUGAACAUAGAAAGCAAUGGCCUCUCGGUGGAAUUAGCUGAGGGAUGUUUUUCUGUUCCAAUGACAUAUACUAAAUCAAAAAAUAAUUAUGGAUACUCAUAUUGGAUCAUGCUGCUUAUCAUUUUUUUGAACAUUUCUACUAUCAUCAUCAUAUUUUUCUAUGACCACGCCAGGUAUUAUAAGAAGAAAGAGCAGGAAAGACCCAUUGAAAGUGCACCAAAAGAUGUCAUUCUGUUUUAA